AUGGCUACCCCGCCACCGGAGCCCGACGCUCCUCAAACCGUCCUCAAGCCAAUUCACAGCCUGGUUCUCGAUACUGGCCCAUUGAUCAAAAACGACCCGCCCGUGAGCGCACUCCUCUCACAAGCCGAAAAGCUAUACACGAUCCCAUCCGUCAUACCCGAAAUCAGAGACCCCGCUACACGCGCACGAGUUGAAACAACGCUGCUACCCUUUGUGACGGUCCGCGCGCCGGGUCCUGCGAGUAUAAAGUUUGUGACCGACUUUGCCAGACGGACGGGUGACCUGGCGGUGCUCAGCAGGCCUGAUAUCGAGGUUAUAGCCCUUGGGUAUGAGUUGGAGUGCGAGCGAAACGGCGGCGACUGGCGACUGAGAAACACUCCGGGCCAGAAGAGGUUGAAUGGCCGACCGAAUGGCGCAGAGAACAAGGAAAAUACCGAGAGUGGUACAUCAGAAGAUGUGAGCGAGCCAGUUGCAGCCGAUGGUGAGGCCAAGCCGGUGACAGAAGUUGAACAGACUGAGUCGCCUGAUUUGGAAACCAAGUUGGACGACAUGACUCUGGAAUCUACGCAAGAAGCAGAGAAAACCAUUGUCGAGGAAGACACCACGGUUGAAGAGACACCAGCUACCUCCGAUGCACCAGAGGAUCAACCAUCAAACACUGAGUUAACGGCAGCAGCUGGAGACGACUCAGACGACGAAGGCUGGAUCACACCCUCCAACCUCAAGAAGCACCAAGCAGCCGACACAUCAGGCAGCACCCCUUCCCAGCCCGCGCAAAAGACCCUCCAAUCUGCCAUCCUCACCUCCGACUACGCCAUGCAAAACGUCGCCCUCCGAAUUAACAUCAACCUCAUCACACCCACCUUCUCGCGCAUCACGCACCUCAAGAACUGGGUCCUCCGCUGCCAUGGCUGCUUCGCCAUCACCAAAGAAAUGGAAAAGCAGUUCUGUCCCAAGUGUGGUCAACCAACACUCACUCGCACAAGCUGCUCGACCGACCAGCACGGCAACUUCCAGGUCCAUCUCAAGAAGAACUUUCAGUGGAAUAACCGCGGCAAUGUGUACAGUGUUCCGAAGGCUGUUCACGGGUCUGCCAACGGACGAUUGCCCAAGGGCUCGGGCGGGAAGAAUGGCUGGGGCAGAGAUCUUAUUCUUGCAGAGGACCAGAAGGAGUAUGUCAAGGCGAGCGAGGAGCAGAAGAGGCAGAGGAAGCUGGAUAUCAUGGACCAGGACUAUUUACCUGGGAUUUUGAGUGGGAGGAGGACCGGUGGUGCCGGCAAGGUGAGUGUCGGGGCUGGCAGGAACAUCAAUUCCAAGAAGAAGAGGUAG